AUGUCGGAAAGGACGGCCUCUGCGGCAAGACAAACCAAAGUCACGUCGGCGCCACAGGUCGGCAAAAAAUGCCCUGGCCUUCUCGAUUCAAUCAGUAAUCUCAUCUCCAGACGGUCCACCGGAGCUUAUACAACUGCCCAGUACAAAGCCAUGCCCAACAACACCCUCAGUCCAGAGUCGGCGACUUGCGGUCUGGACCGGGCAGCUGGUGUGUGA